CGGCGUUACGAAGCGUCGGGCCGAGCCCCCAACAGCCGCUACAAAGAAAGGGAAAACCCUCGCCGCCGCCGUGCGCAAGGAAGCGGCGCAAACGGGCGGGUCCAAACUUUGGAUGCCUGGCGCAUUCCCCGAGGAUAGCUUGGACCCGUAAUCCUUCCCAGCAAAACCCAAUUGGUAAUGUCCACGCGCGAUUAUUACCAUCCCCCGCCACACGUCUGGUGCCGACAUUAGUGGCCCGCCCCGGCAAGCGUUUAAAACGUGGGCUGGGCGCAACGAGCCUGGCUCGACCCCCGAUGAUUUCCACCACAAGAUGGCGGUCCGGCGCGUCGAAUGCCGCGAAGAUGCAUGGACACCGGUUUUGGGCCGCUCGAAGAACUUAAUGCAGAACGAGAUUUACUGUAACGCCGUGUGCGAGCUCGACACCAUUAUAAUCGGGUUCCGGCGGGCGGGCAUGAAUUAG